AUGCAGACACAAGCAACUAUGAACUUUUCGUCCGAGAGCAGGUUAGCUUUUUCUUGCCCACAGUAUCCAAGUUUUGUGUGGGACCUAGCUGACAAAGUUUUCCCCUGGAUAAUGGUUGCAAUCGUAUCUAUAGCAGCUCCCGCUGCAGUCAUUUUGAACAUUUUGGUUAUCGCAGCGGUGAGAUCAAGAAAGGAACUGCAAAAAAAUCCAAACAUUUUGUUGUCGAGCAUAGCUGUUGCGGAUAUUUUGGUAGGUGCGAUAAAUAUGCCUUUAUCCGCCACUGUUGACUUUGUUAUUUCCCGGCAAGUUUUUAACGAUCAUAUUUGCUUGGUAGACUUGAUUAAUGUCUACUUGAUGUACGCUUUAGCGGCGUGUACCCUAUAUCAUUUGAUCCUUAUCGCUUGGGAGAGGUACCAGGCAAUACGGAAUUGUUAUGAACACAAAGUGAAAAUGACAAGAAGCCGCCUGAAGAAACUCGCCAUAACAGCUUGGUUCUUAGCUGCGUUAGCACCAAUUCCAAGCAUUGUACUAAAAGCCCCGGGCAUUUACUACGAUGUAAUUUGUUAUAUCGUUGAAUUUUUCGCGUUGAUUCUAAUCGCUUAUUUUUACAUCAUGGUGUAUCGUGAAACGCGCAAACGUAAACUGAUUACCAAAGUCACCGUUCUGGUGAAAACAAAACUCGAAAACAGAGUUGCUAUGACAUGCGCAUUGACUUCAGCAGCUGUGAUUCUUUCGUUUGUUCCCACGGUAACUGUUAAAUUGUUGGGAGAUUUGUACCCUGGUUUUCGCAAGAGUUCCGUCUUCCGAUCAGCAGAGACAAUAUUGCAAAUGAACUCUAUAGUGAAUCCACUAAUUUACUGCUACAGGAACCGUCGCUUUAGAAACAUCGUUCUCGAGAUUUUGUGCAUUAGAAAACCUCAUGAGACUAAGCCAACAGUCCUUCCCAUGCAAUAUGUCAGAUCAAAGGAUCUUUCUUCAAUGGGAGGUACUCAAAAACAACCAAAUGCGUACAGCUGUCGCCUUUUGUCAAGAUCAGCGUCAUGCGAAUUAGCCAACGUGACAGUAUUAAGUGGUGCAAUGAAGAAAAGAUCUUUAUCAGCUCCUUCACUAAUCAGAUCACACAGCAACUCUUUUGAGAGUGCCGAGCCGCAGAACAACCCCUCGUCCAUUUUAACAGUUGUUGCGACAGUCCACCCACAAAGGUUUGAAGGAUAUUUCUCAAUAUUUCGUUUAUCAUCGCCCAAAAACUCAAAGAAAAGUUGGGAUGUUAAACGUAAUUCUUUUAAUGUGUCUGAUCCUCCAGAGGAUUUGAAGAAGGAUCAAUUCCCGUCCAAUUACAUGAAACUGAAUAAGCGUCUGACAAAAUCCGCCCCAUUUUUUAGUGGUGCAGCCGGUUCAUGUGCAGUUCCCUCACGUUCUCGUAAAGGCCUCUUGAAAAGAAGUAUGUCGGCCCCAUCGUUAGGUGGGCCUGAUCAGAAGUUCUUGCAAUGA